AGCAGGAAGGAGCCGCAUACGGGCCUCGGCGAGCAGCUCCCGCGGGGCGGCCAGAGCCUGCUCCGCCCGCCCGCACGGCCCGGCCCGCCCGCCUCGGCACGGCGCGGCCCGCUCCGCUCGCCCGGACCGCUCGGCCCCCGCCCGCCUUUAGCCUGGAAGAUGGCGGGUGGCGUGGACGGCCCCAUAGGGAUCCCGUUCCCGGAUCACAGCAGCGACAUCCUCAGCAGCCUGAAUGAGCAGAGGAACAACGGGCUGCUGUGCGACGUGGUCAUCCUGGUGGAAGGCCAGGAGUUCCCCACCCACCGCUCCGUCCUGGCAGCGUGCAGCCAGUACUUCAAGAAGCUCUUCACCUCAGGGUUAGUGGUGGACCAGCAGAACGUGUAUGAGAUAGACUUUGUGAGUGCGGACGCCCUGUCGGCGCUGCUGGAGUUCGCCUACACCGCGACCCUCACCGUCAGCACUUCCAACGUCAACGACAUCCUCAACGCCGCCACGCUGCUGGAGAUCCCGGCCGUCAGGGAUGUCUGCACGGAUCUCCUGGAGAGGAAGAUUCUGGCCAAAAAUGACCAGAUGGAUACAGUAGAUCAAAUUGAUCAGAGGAACCAUCUCAGAGCAAAAGAGUACCUGGAGUUCUUCCAGAGCAACCCCGUGAACGGCCACCAAGGCAGCUUUCCGUGGACCAACCCAGAGUUGAGAGACCUUCAGAGACUGAACUUCCGAGGCCAAGAGGAGGAGGAGGAGUCGAACUGCAACGGCCUGGACUUCUACUCGCAAGCCACCCCAACCGAAAGACCAAAGGCAAGUGACUGUGACCCCGACAGCAACCCGGCCAUGUGGCUGGACCGCGAGGACGAGGAGCCGGUCAGCGGCGGGAUGUUCUCCCCUUCCCAGAACGGACAUUACAGCAGCCGUGGCUUGGCCACCCCGGGAGAAGAGGAGGGGGGCACCCCCAGGGGCCCUCUGGACCCGCAGGAAGCCGGGGACUCGCCCAGCUUCAUCCCCACGGGCACGGAGACGGAGGAUGAUGGCAGGGAGGUGGAUGACCUGGCCGCCAGCGCCCUGCUCCAGCAGAUGAUCAACUCGGUGGGGCGGCAGCAGCUCGGCGACGACGACCGCAAGGACGAGGACGGGGUCAUGGAUUAUUACUUGAAAUAUUUCGGCAGUUCCAGCGAGGGCGACGUGUACCCGUCCUGGUCGCAGAAGGUGGAGAAGAAGAUCAGGGCGAAAGCAUUCCAGAAGUGCCCCAUCUGUGAGAAGGUGAUCCAGGGUGCCGGGAAGCUGCCGCGCCACAUCCGCACCCACACCGGGGAGAAGCCCUACGAGUGCAACAUCUGCAACGUCAGAUUCACCAGGCAGGACAAGCUGAAGGUGCACAUGCGGAAGCACACGGGGGAGAAGCCCUACCUGUGCCAGCAGUGCGGGGCCGCCUUCGCCCACAACUACGACUUGAAGAACCACAUGCGGGUGCACACGGGGCUGCGGCCGUACCAGUGCGACAGCUGCUGCAAGACUUUCGUCCGCUCCGACCACCUGCACAGGCACCUUAAAAAAGAUGGAUGCAACGGGAUCCCGUCGAGGAGGGGCCGCAAGCCGCGGGUCAGGGAGGCCGGGGCCAUGCCCCCCACGCCCACGGGCAGCGCCGAGGACGGCAGCUUCCCGGCCCCCGAGCCCGAGGACACGGCCACGGGCAGCGAGGAGCAGCAGCAGCAGCAGCAGCAGCAGCAGCAGCACUUUGAGGAGAAUUCCAAUAACGAAGCGCCGGGAUUGAAUGUAGCAGGAGGGUCGGAUGAGGGUAAUGAGCAAGGACUCUCCUAAACCAAAAAAAAAAAAAAACAAACCAACCCCAACCGGUGAAACAAUGAAACAACCACCUGAAAACAAACAAAGUCACAAAAUCUAGUUAGUACUUUUCCUCCGAUUUUUCUCUUUAAAAGAUGUUUCUCUCCCUUUUUUUUAAGGAAAAAACAAAAAAAGCUGCGAAAAAAAGAAAAAAAAAAAAAAAGAGAGAUAUUAUAUUAACGUUUUCCAAUCUUCCCAUCGUAAGCGGGGCUCUCCCCCGAGGAUCCCUCGUAGCCAAGGACCUUUUCUUGGAAAGGCAAGGACGCUAGGGAAGCACGAGGUGGGGAUGGAAAGUGGCUCUGUCGCAUGGAAAAGAGCUUCCAUGUAAAUCCAAAGCUUUAUUUUGUGUCCAAACACGCGUUUAAGAAAAAAAGAAAAAAAAAAAGAAAAGAAAAAAAAAGUUAUUUCAGAGAGAGAUCUAUUUAAGAAAAAAAAAAAGGAAAAAAUAGAAAAAAAAAAGGAGUGGUAGGAGUUGGAAGGGCUGUGGCAGGGCGGGGUUUGGGAUUUGGGGGCCGGGGGCUCCUUCCCAGGAGAUCGGGGUCAGGAUUUGGGGUCUGUCCCCCCAGCCCCCCCUGAGUGCGAGGCUCAGUCGGGCAGCGAGGGCUCCGGGUGGGGAAAAAUUGCUGGAAAUUGCUGGAAAAAUUGCCUAAAAAACAAAACAAAACAAAAAAUCAUGUGAGAGAGGGCAGCAGGUUCGGCAGGGUUUGUGUUGGGCACCCGGGGCUGGGGACGCUGGGGAUGGGGACAGGGCAGGGCUGGGGACACCCAGAGCUGGCCAGGGACACCAGGGCUGGGGACAGCAGGGUUGGGGACAGCAGGGAUGGCUCAGCCGUGCCAUGGACUCCGUGUCCGUCCCUGUGUCCGUCCCUGUGUCCGUCCUGUCCCUCCCCAUGUCCCCACGUCCGUCCCCACCCCGCAGUGCCCAGGAAGUGCCUGAGUCAGCCCAGCCCCCGCUGCCGGCAGAAUUUGGGGCUGGGGGGUCCCAAAUCCCCCCCCAGGGAAUUUUUCUUCCCCUCCCCCAGGGAUUUUUUCCCCCCCCACCCCCCUGCAGGGAGAUUUUUCCUGCCCCAAAAACGCCUCCAGGUCCCUUUGGCCAGAAGGUUCUGGGGGGUCUACCCUAAAGGAGCAGGAGGCCUUUGGGGAGGGGGAGCAGCCUGGCCCCCCCCCAGCCCCAUUCCCAAAAAGAAAAGAAAAUAUAUAUAAAUAUAUAUCUAGAGAUGCUCUAUGGCUGGAGAGGCGGGUCCUGACCCUCGGGGGGAAAAGGCACCUUUGAGUUGGUCACCUGUUUUCUAAAUGCACAUUUUUAAAUGCUAAAAAAAAAAAAAGAAAAGAAUAAAAAAAAAAAAAAGAGUAAAAAACCAGAGAGAUUUUAAGCCCUUUUAUUUUCAAAGCACUUUUUAGAUUCUCUUCCUUUUAUUUUAAUUUUUUUGUUGGUUUUUUUUUUUUUGGGUUUUUUUCCUUUUUUUUUUUUUUUUUUUUGGUGUUUUUACUUUCAAAAGCAAAAAGCAAAGAGCAGGUUUUGGCCGAAUGUAUUUUGGAGAGGGAGUGAGAGGGGAGUGUGUGCUGGGGGUGGGGUGAGUGGUGGGGCUGGGGGAAGAGAUGGAUGUUUAUUUAAUGCAGAAAAACAAAAAAAAAAGCAAUAAAAAAUUCCAAAAAAAAAAAGCUUAAAAAUAAUAAUAAAAAAAAAAAAAAAGAAAACAAAGAAGUCUUAGCACUUUGCGAUGGAACGGGUACUUUGAGCUCACUUUAUCUUAAUUUAAAAAAAAAGCAAGAUUCAAGAUGUUUACAAGUCAAAAAAAAACUUUAAAAAAAAAGACUUCUACGGAGAAAAAAAAAUAUUAUUAAAAAAAGCCUAAAUUUAUUUUUGUAAGAAAAAAAAAUGUGUAUAUAUAUAUAUAUAUUUAACAAAAAAACCUAGAAAAAAAUACAAAUAUAGGCAGAAUCCAAGUGAGAUUGGAGGAUGGGAGGAAGAUGCUAAUUAGGUUCUGUGACAUGCCCUGACCCUCGGGAAUUUUAAAUAGAAAAUAAAAUCCAUGGAAGCUUGAAUUUUAGGCAGGAAUCCUGGGGGUUGUGGCUCGCUCACUGCUCCCCACAGCCUCGAGGAGGUUGUUUGUUUGUUUGGGUUUUUUGGGGUUUUUUUUUAAAUUCUUUUUUUGUAGAAAUAAUUUUAUUUUUUUUCGAUGUUAUUUUUAGCCAGUGCCAGCGCAGAGGUGUCGGGAUCCCUGUGGGCUUGGAAAAAUCCCACCUGGAGCAGGGAGAUUGGGAUGUCAGCUGGGAAAUUGGGAUUUGGGCAGGGAGAUUGGGAUGUCAGCUGGGAAAUUGGGAUUUGGGCAGGGAAAUUGGGAUAUCAGCUGGGAAAUUGGGAUAUAAGCUAGGAAAUUGGGAUCCAGGCAGGAUAAUUGGGAUUUGGGCUGGGAAAUUGGGAUCUAGGCAGGGAAAUUGGGAUUUGGGCAGGGAAUUGGGAUCUAGAUUGAGAAAUUGGGAUCCGGGCAGGGAAUUGGGAUUUGGGCUGGGAAAUUGGGAUCUGGCCAGGGAAUUGGGAUCUGGGCAGGGAAUUGGGAUCCGGGCAGGGAAAUUGGGAUCCGGGCAGGGAAUUGGGAUCUAGAUUGAGAAAUUGGGAUCCGGCCAGGGAAUUGGGAUCUGGGCAGGGAAUUGGGAUCCAGGCAGGGAAAUUGGGAUCCAAGCAGGGAAUUGGGAUCUAGAUUGAGAAAUUGGGAUCCGGCAGGGAAUUGGGAUCUGGGCAGGGAAUCCCCCUGGGAAGAGCUGGAGGGACCCAGGUCCAGGCUGCCUUUGGGGUUUUCCCCCCCCUGGGUUUGGAUCUCUCCAGGGAUGUGGCAGGGAUUUCCUGGGAAGGAGCUGGAGGGAUCCCAGAGCCCCGGGAUUUGUGUCCCUCCCGUUCCCCCUUUGGGCAGGAACAUCGGGAUCCCCGUGGAUCCCCAUCCCUCCCUGAGCAGGGUUUGGGAUCUGGGAGUGGAUCCCCCCCGGGCAGGGGCCGAUCCCAGCUGGAAUCUCCCCUCUGGCAGCACCGGCUGAGGGUUUUUGGGAAUAUGCAGAGAAAAUUCCGUGUGGAUUUGGGAACAGAGGCUCUGGAGGUUCCCCUUGUGCUCGGGGUUCUGGUGGCUCCUCUCCUCCUGAUUUUGGGGUUUUUUUUUCCCCCCUGGGAUUUUUCCACCCUCGCUGCUGCUUUUCCUUCCCCAAUCCCAAUCCCAAAGGAAUUUUGGGGGCUCUGGGAGGGGGUGAAGGGGGUGGGAGCUUCCAGGUGUGCAGAGAAAGGGGGGAAAAGGGGAAGGAAAAAAAAGGGGGGGAUUGAUAAAUUAAAAAAAAAGGAAAAAAAGGGGGGAAAAGGAAAUUGGAGGGGAGAAAUAAAAGAGGGGAAAUAAGGGAAGGAAAGGGGGGAGAAGGAAAAAUGAGAAAUGAAAGAAGGAAAAAAAGGGGUGGAAAAAGAGAAAAGAAGGAAUAAAUUGGGUGGGGGGGCAAGGGGAGAAAAAUAGGGAAAGAAAGAAGGAAAAAAGGAAAAAUACAAAGGAAAAAGAGCACAAAGGAGGAAGAGGAGAGAGGAGCAGACUCAGGAUUCCCCCAGCGAUGUCCCCGUGUCCCCCCUGUCCCCUCCCUGUCCCCCACACUGGCAACACUUUAGCACAAGGUGAAGUUUGCACUAAAAAGAAAUCAAGAAAAAGCAAAAAAAAAAAAAAAAAAAGAAAGAAAGAAAUAAAAA